GUUUAUGUUUGACUCUAAGCCAUGGCAAUGGAUUAAGUAAAGCACAUGCAAAUUCAACCACUCUCUCUCAGCCAGCCACUCGCUGUCUCACUAGCUUUCUUUCUUCGUCUUCCUCUUAAGAAAUCCAAUAAUCUUUAACCGAACACCACUUAACCCCCAUAAUGCUCGCCAUGGCGACCAUCCAGAAAUAGGAUGAGACGGCGGCGGCCACGAUGCUAGGCAGGAUCAUCUUCUGCGUGGUGAUCGCCGCGGCCGUCCUCGCCGUCGUCCUCCUCGCCACCGUCUCCCCGCUGCCGGGGCGCCACAAGGGCGGCGGCGGCGGUCGAGACCAUCCGUGGACUCUCACCGUGUACAUCCAUACGACGACGGCGGCGGCGGCAGCGGCAGCGGCAGCUGGAACCGUGUCGCCGCCGCAGCGACAACAGCAGGCGAGCGCGUUCGUGUUCCGGCACCGGAUGACGGCGGGGCCGGAGAGCGCGUCGAGGACGGUGGGCGCGGCGACGGGGUUCGUGCUCCCUGCCGAGGCCGCCGGCUCGGCGAUGUCGGUGUUCGACACGGUGCACCUGGCGUUCGACGUGUCGGGGAUGUCCGGGAGCGUCUGCGUCCAGGCGGCGGCGGGGGACGGCGGCGGCGGCGAGAAGGCGCCACGGCCGACGAGGCGGCGCGGGGAGUGCGGUGACCCGGAGGUGCUGCGGGUGGUGGGCGGCACGGGCGACUUCGCGUUCGCCGCGGGCGGGGAUGGCGUGCUCCGCGCGCUGUGCGCGCCGCGGCUGUUCGGUGGCGCGGCCGCGGCGAAGGUGUUGCGGCUUGAGCUGAGCGUUGCGCACGCCAAGGGCUAGUGCGCGUGCAUGGGCGAAUAUUUUGCUCCUUCUUUUUUACCUUGUGCAAAAUUGUUGGGCUUUUUUUUUUCCGCGUUACAUUCUCCGGGGAAAAUACAACUCGGCUUUGAUGCUGGCAGAAAUGCAGAAUACAUCUGACCAGUGUGCAUAUAAGUGUUGAGAAUUGGGUGAUUUGAGUGAUUUGAGGCCCUUCAUUUUUCGUGUCCAA